UUAUACAUAUAUGUUUUUUGUGGAGCUGGUGAUGUUUCUGUGCAGCUGUGGGAAGGAAAGACGUUUUUUGGGGGGGGUUUUUUACAUCAGCAAGUUGAAAAAGGGCCAUCAAACUGUGGGAGGAAAUAUCCUCGGCCGAAAUGGGAUUUGAACUGACGGCCUUCUUGUUGUGAGGCAAAUACUGUCGCAAAAUAUACGUCGGUGAAAUCACAAUUAGAUAUUUUACACAAAUCGCUCAGUCAAUCGCUCAGGUUUCCACACAGAAAGACCCUCGGUUAGACCAGGUCACAAACCCUGGUCCCCCGUGACCCUCACAUGGAGGAUCAAGUGAUAGAAGAUAGAUGGAUGGAUGGAUAUUUAUAUGAAAUAAACUUGUGGGAUAGCUGUAAGGGGAAUAAGAAGAAAUGUGAACAAAAUAUAUAAAGGAAAACAUUCAAGGGAAAAGAGAAAGACAUUUACUUUCACUUAGGAACAAAGGUUUUUGUGGCGAGACGUAAGGAAACCCUUGAUUCCAUAAAGGUCAAGUGUGUAAGAAUUAUGCUGCCUUCACAUGCUAUCGGAAAUAUGAUACUUCAGACAGAUAAGUUCACCCUUACCCGCUUUUUAACAUUUUUUUAAUUGUUAUUGCAUAAAUGGUGGGUAAACCUAGUACUAUAUGUAUUUUAUACACUAAAUCAGAGGUGUAGUAUUUUGAAAAGACACUCUUGGAAAUGUCAAAGGUUAUCUCCAUUUGGGAACUUAUGUAUCAAAAUUAUCUCUCAGAUUCCCACUGGAAAUCACGAAACCAUGAGGCAGCGUUAAUGUGCAUAUUGGACGUCUCAUAAUUCCGAUAGCACAUGAAGGCAGCAUUAGUAAGUGGUUUUAGGCUAAUGUAGACAUGAUGACCACCUCCGUAAAACAAUAUAAAAGACUAAUUCUAAGGCCACAUUAUUUUUUAUUUGAAGCGAUGAUAAACAUGUACAAGACUGGUAUUUGAUCUCCCUUCUAAAUAUAACACACGACCUUUAAUCACAACUAGUACAGCGUUUGUCUCAUUGUGCAUGGUAUAUCUUGGUGCAACAUUGCCACCUGGUGGAUGUAUGGUGCACCUACGGGGGAGGAAGUGGACACCGCGGACGGAGAGGGGAAAGGAGGGGGGAAUCGAAGGAAAAGGGCGGAGGAAAGGGAGCUUCCGAGUGGAUAAGGGAAAAUGACAGACUACUGUGACUUGUAGCAGCGCGAUAAAUCAACCUCCAGUUAAUAUCGCAGGGUUUUCCCCCCCCAAACGAGCUGAAGCUUCUGUGUCUGCAGUGAACGACAUAUGAGCACACGGUGGCUGACUCGUCGCUAAGUUUGUAUCCCCAUCACAGCUCUCGCACUUUCAGUAAAUCUGUCUGUCUGUGCCGAGUGGGUGGGUCAGGCGACUGGGAGUUGCAGGGGCCAUGCAUCAGGGGUGAGGGGGAUUUGCGUAGGGGGAAACACAACGUCACGUGAGGAGAGCUCCGGGGGCCGGUGGGUGUGGAGAUGAAGCUCAAACAGCGCAUGGUGGUGCUGUGUGCCGUGCUUCUCCUGCUGGGCCUGGCCAAAAUCUUCCUGCUGGAUGGAGGUGAAGGGUCUGCAGCCAACCGACAGGACCUCAGGGCGUUUCGCAAGAUGGAAGCUAGCCUCUCUCUGUCCCGCGGAGCUCGCCUCAUACACACCCUCCAGUCUCCGUGGGAGAUAGCAAGCCAAUGGGUGGGUCCGAGAGAGGUGUAUCCGGAGGAGACCCCAGAACUGGCUGCUGUGCUCACUGCCCUCAGCACGGCCAGGAUUGAAAGGGCAGAUGUGGGCUAUAAGGGCACACAGCUCAAAGCCCUGCUUGUACUUGAUGGUGGACAGAAAGUGGUCUUUAAACCAAAAAGAUAUAACAGAGACUAUGUUGUUGAAGGUGAGCCAUACGCAGGGUAUGACAGACACAAUGCAGAGGUGGCAGCUUUUCACUUGGAUAGGAUCCUGGGCUUCAGGAGAGCGCCUCUCGUGGUGGGACGAUACGUCAACCUGCGUACAGAGAUUAAACCUGUGGCCACAGAGCAGCUACUGAGCACCUUCCUCAUGCAGGGUAAUAAUACGUGUUUCUAUGGAAAGUGUUACUACUGUCGGGAGAGUGAGCCAGCGUGUGCAGAGGGAGAGAUAAUGGAGGGAUCGAUAACUCUGUGGCUGCCUGACGUCUGGCCGCUGCAGAAACACCGACAUCCGUGGGGACGCACAUACAGAGAGGGGAAACUGGCCAGGUGGGAAUACGAUGAAAGUUACUGUGAGGCCGUGAAGAAAAUGCCUCCGUACGACGCAGGGCCAAGGCUGCUGGACGUCAUAGACACAGCCAUAUUUGAUUAUCUCAUCGGGAAUGCUGAUCGGCAUCACUAUGAGAGUUUCCAGGACGACGGCGGCGCCAGUAUGCUCAUUCUGCUCGACAAUGCAAAGAGCUUUGGGAACGCAGCCCUCGAUGAGCGGAGCAUCCUAGCACCACUUUACCAGUGCUGCAUGAUCCGUGUGUCCACGUGGAACAGGUUGAACCUGCUCAGAGGUGGAGUGCUGAGCUCAGGUAUGCGUCAGGCUCUGGCGUUCGACCCGCUCCACCCAGUCCUGGCUGAGCCGCACAUGGCGGCGCUGGACAGGCGUCUCUCUGGCGUCAUAGCGACUGUGAAGCAGUGCAUGGAGGCGCAGGGCCCCGACAACACUCUCAUAGAAGACCGAAUAAACCUCCCACAUCCCUAGAGACAAACCAGGGGGAGAAAAAUGGCGAACGUAGGAGCAGCCAGGACUUAACUUCCUGAGCCUGGAGAAGAGGAGAGGGACAUGGAAGAGCAAAGAGAGGUGUUAAGGGCGGAGACGCAGAGACGGUGGAGUGAAGACUGUGCUUUCCUUCUGCCCUCAUCCCUUCCUUGAUUGUCACUGGAUUCAAAGUAAAUCCAGUCAUGAAAACUUUUCUCUCAGGACUGUUGUGCAUUUGAAGAGAGUAAACUGCUGUGAGGACACCUCCAUCUACUACUGCUGUUAGAGACCACACUUCCUCCCCACUGACCACUGAGUCCACAUCUUGCUUUUGGAGUCAACCGCGAAGAAAAGAUUUAGACUCAUAAAAGAGGCAGGAAGGAAGGAAGGGAGGGAAGGAAGGAGGGCGGAAAGCACUGACAUUUCAAAUGAGUCACAAACAUCUGGACGAGCCAUACUUCGGGCUGAACCUUUGUGUCAGAAGUGCAAAUUCUUUUCUUUUUCUCCUGUACAUAUUUAACUAAAUAGAGACAGAAUAAUGGGAAAAGAGAAUAUACAUCUGUGUAUAAUAAUAUUAAAUAAAUGUAAGGGUACGAGUGUG